UUAAUAGUAUUUGUCUUUCAACAUACAGGAUGCUCGGUAUUUUUGGAGAGAGAGAAAACAAAAAACUUGGUUUUGUAACAAACCUCUAUCCCCUGUUGGUAUGGAAACGAAAAAAGGAGGUGAAGAAAAAAAUAAUGAAAUUACGAGAAGAAUUCACGCGGAAAUGGAUAUGAUAGCGAGCAAAGAGCAGUCUGAACAAAAUCAAAAUGUAUCAUCUUCAAGUGAAGCUCAUUCUGAUUCCCCUUCUUACAAACCUUCCUGCUCAGAGAUUUCUUCUUCAUCGGAAUGCGAGACUCCUCCCGAUUAUGGUAUUGAUAUAUAUACACCACCAUCUCAAGGCAAUAUCGAUGAAGUUCAAGAAAUGUCAACACAAGGCUGCAACGAUGAAUUCCUCAUAUCAUCUACUUCCGGGACCAAUAUGAUUAGAAAUGAUUUUAAUGAAUCAAAUAAUGAUGUUGAAAAUGAUGAGAAUGGUUCAUCACCUGCCUGUGAAAUAGAAAGAAAUAUAUCAUCAACCUCGAAUGAUGCUAAUGGGGGUAACUCAAAUAAAUCGGACGUAAUCAUUACCCAUCAGCAUAUUAUAACUUCAGGAAAUUCAACUAAAAGAGGGAAAAGAUUAAAAAAUCAUUGUUAUUAUUGUGAAACGGAUGUUUCAAAUUUUGCAAGACAUGUGUACAAUAAUCACUCGACGGAAUUGGAAGUUAUAGAAAUACAAGCAAGCGAGGGUUCCGAAAGGAGACGUUUAUUAGCCAAAUUAAGGAAUAAAGGUAACUUUCUCAAGGGAGCAAACAAUUGUCCGAAAAGAGUUCGCAAGUCGAUAUACCCAAGUGCUGGAGUAUUACCUUGUGAUAAUUGUCUUGGGUUUUUCUCUACGAAAUUAUUAUAUAGACAUAGAAAAAAAUGUAGUGGACGAGGUGCCAGAGCUCAGAGUGAUGGCCAAAGCAAAUUAGUUAAUAUCAGAGUCGAUGAAAAAUUGAGGAAGGAGGUAUUUCCACGUAUGCGAGCAGACAAAAUUUCCUUGGAAGCGAAAUCUGAUAAGCUGAUUUGUUCAUUUGGUGCUCGAUAUUUGAGGAUCCAUAGAGAUCAACACUUUGCGGUGGUAACUUCACGAAAAAUGCGAGAGUUAUCUAAAAUACUCAUCGAGUUGAAAAAAAUGGAACCAGGAAUUAAAUCGCUUUUUCAAGCACUUAGGCCUGAGCAUUUUGAUUUAUUCGUAAAAGCUGCACAAAUAAUAUCCAGAUACGAUCCAGAAACAGAAGAAUAUGGUGCGCCAUCACUUGCCAUGAAUAUCGUAAAUUCAUUAAAGCAAUGCUGCGAUAUAGCAAUAAAUUUCGUACUGAAAAGAAACCCAAUAAUCGGAACGGUUCCAGCAGCUGAAGCGGAGGCUCAGUUGAAGACUAUGAUCCAUUUAUUCGAAACAAACUGGAGAUAUCAGAUUUCCAGCCAAGCUGCGAAUAAUUUGAAUCUGAAUAAAUGGAAUAAAAUUAGUAUCGUGCCAUUGGCUAGUGAUUUGAGGAUAAUGAAAGAUUACCUAGCUCAAAGUGCCCAAAAAUCAUCCGCAAAAAUUCAAUUGAUGGAAACUGACAUAUCAGCUUACAAUGAUUUGGUAGAAAUAACAUACUGCCAAGUACUUCUACUCAAUCGUAAACGCCCUGGUGAACUUCAGAGAAUGCAGCUUCAUACAUAUUUAAACUGUGGUAAUACGCAAGGACAAUAUGAAGAGUUUCAAAAAAUUAUGUCUCCUUUAGAAAGUAUUCUCUUGUCGAAAAUGAAACGAGUAGUCACCAGGGGAAAAAGAGGUAGAGGAGUGCCAGUACUUUUCACUACCGAUGUUCAAAAGAAUCUUCAACUGCUCAUUGAUAAAAGACCGAAUAUGGUUCCUAAGGAAAACCCAUUUUUGUUUGCUAAAGCCAAAUGCAAAUCUGAAUUAAGUGGAUAUAAAGUUCUGAGUAAAUAUGCACAUACAUGUGGUGCCAAAAAUCCAAAAGCCAUCACUGCAACACGUCUAAGAAAACAUUUGGCGACGCUGAUGCAAAUUUUCAAUAUGACAGACGGUGAUAUUGAGCAACUUGCAUCCUUCAUGGGUCACACAACUGGAACGCAUAGAGGUUCGUAUCGUCUUCCCGAUGAUGUUUAUCAAACGGCCAAACUGUCUAAGCUCCUUUUGCUUAUGGAGAAAGGCGAGGCAAACCAAUACAAGGGUAAAAGCCUCGACGAAAUAGAAAUAAAUAUGGAGGAAAACUUGUUGGACGGGCAGCACGAUAACGAAGAUGAUAUGGAAGAAAAUGAAGAAGAAGGAGAUGAAAGUAUCAUAGAGUCGAUAAAUACAGGUGAAAAAAAGGAUGAUAAUGAUAUUAACGAUUCUGUGGGCACAAGUAAUAAGAAAAAAAAAGACAGUGAGCAAGUUGUGCCGAAAAAGAAAAGAAGAAUACUGAUUCCGUGGACAGAAAAACAGAAGAAACUAACGAGGGCUUUUUUUGCGAAACACAUACGGAAUUCAACACCACCAAAGAGACAUGAAUGCGAGGAACUUAUAGAAGCAAAUCCGGGAGUUUUCAGUAACAAAACUUGGCUCAAAAUGAAAGUAUUCGUUCAAAACGAAUAUACAAAAAAAAAGACUUAG